CGUUAACCCUAAUUUUGAGAGGCUUGUGCAGUCGCGUACGAAAAAUGGAGAUUGUCGAGUCUCUAGAAGACAUCCCAGUGCAAAACCCACAAGCAGAAGACUUUUCAUAUACCGAUCUGACCUGGACCAAGUUCGGGACAACGGAGCAUCACGACGAAGUAGCACUCAUCCCUUACGCGAGGGUCGACGAGUUUAUCAUCGGAGAAUGCUCAAACCCAGAUUCCCCUACUCGAUUCCACAUCGAAAGAGGAAGGAAACGCUCUCGCGGCAGCCUCAAGGAGUACAAGAGCGACGAGUAUCUCGAAUACAGGAUGUAUUGGUGCUCUUUUGGUCCUGAGAACUACGGAGAAGGAGGUGGUGUGUUGCCCAGUAGAAAGUACCGUCUCAAGACUAGGAACCGAGCUGCGAGGCCUCAAUCCAUGAGAGGAUGCAUGUGUAAUUUCGUGGUGAAGCGUCUCUACGCUCGUCCUUCUCUUGCGCUUCUUAUUUACAAUGAGAGACGGCACGUGAACAAAGCUGGCUUUGUCUGUCAUGGACCGCUUGAUAGAGAUGCAUGAUUUGAAGCUUGAAUCAACUACUCUACGAGGAAACUGUUUCAAACUUUCUUGUCACUCCUCCUGACAAAGUGGUUCAUGUUUCUCAAGGAUUCAAUUAAAAAAAUUAUUGUCUGUUGAUCCUUCCACCAGAAACCUUUUGAGGGACGGUUAAUUUGUAACAUUUUAAAUUGGAUCAUUAUGCGCAAGUCAAAUUGAAUAAUGGG